GGGCGGGGGGGCCGCCCCCCGGUGCUGCCUCGCCAGGCCCGGCUGCCGUCCCCACAGGUGGGGCUGUGCCUCAACCUCCGGAACCUGCCCUGGUUCGACCAGGCCGACGCCGACGCCUUCUUCCCCCGCUGCUACCGGCUGGGCGCCGAGGACGACAAGCAGGCCUUCAUUGAGGACUUCCGGCUCACUGCUGCCCGCAGCCUGCUGAAGGUGGUGCUGAGCAGGGCCGGUGGCCCGCUUGCUCGGGAGGCCGGGGCCAACUCCACACACGAGGGGCCCCCAGAGGCCAGCACAUCCCCUGUGUCCCUGCGGGGGGCUGCCCGGCGGCGGGGCAGCCCGCUCCCCAGGCGGCUGGUGGAGACGGCGCUGCAGGCCUGCGAGGAGCACCUGAACAGCCUGCGGCACCAGGACAUCGACAAGGCGGCAGAGCUGGCCCCAGCUAGGGCAGAUGCCCGCUGGGAGGAGUUCCUGCGUGGCUACUACUGCGUGGUGCACGAGGGGGCACCCCUGGAGCUGUCGCCCGCCCAUGCUGAGCAGUGCCAAGACAUGCUGCAGCAGCUGCGGGAGCUGCUGCCACAGCUGGAGAUGGAGGGGGACCGCAACAUCUGGAUCGUGAAGCCUGGAGCCAAGUCCCGUGGCAGAGGGAUCGUGUGCAUGGCACGCCUGGAGGAGAUGCUGAGGCUGGUGAACUGCGACCCCAUUGUGGUGAAGGACGGGAAGUGGGUGGUGCAGAAGUACAUCGAGAGGCCCCUGCUCAUCUUCGGCACCAAGUUCGACCUGCGCCAGUGGUUCUUGGUUACAGACUGGAACCCGCUCACCAUCUGGUUCUACCGCGACAGCUACCUGCGCUUCUCCACGCAGCCCUUCUCCCUGCACAACCUGGACGCUGCCGUCCACCUGUGCAACAACUCCAUCCAGAAACACUACGAGGCCUCGCUCCAGCGCCACCCGCGCCUGCCUCCUGGCAACAUGUGGUCGUCGCAGCAGUUUCAGGAGCACCUGCAGCAGGCGGGGGCAGGGGCGGCCUGGCAGGAUGUAAUGGUGCCGGGCAUGAAGGUGGCCAUCAUCCACGCUGUGCAGAGCGCACAGGACGUCGUGGAGCUGCACAAGGGCAGCUUCGAGCUCUAUGGCGCUGACUUCAUCUUUGGGGAGGACUUUAAGCCCUGGCUCCUAGAGGUCAAUGCCAGCCCCACCAUGGCAGCCUCCACAGCUGUGACCAGCCGGCUGUGCGCCGGCGUGCAAGCUGACACGUUGCGUGUCGUCAUCGACCGCAGGCACGACCGCACCUGCCCCACCGGCGCCUUCGAACUCAUUUACAAGCAGGCUGCCGUGGACGUGCCACAGUACGUGGGAAUCAGUCUCCUGGUGGAAGGGUCCACAGUGAAGAAGCCAUGGGCUUCAGCCCAAAGGAACUGCAGCAGCAGCCCCAGGCGCAGCCCCCUGGCCUCCACACUGGGCUGUCUGCACGGCUCCCAGCAGCACCCCAGCCCCCGCUGGCCCAAAACUGCUGGGAGCCCCAGGGCUGUGGGACCCCCUGUGCAGCUCAGUGCCGGCGCAAGCAAAGAGGGCAAGGCCCGGGAAAAGGCAGUGGCCAGCAGGGCCUCUGCCCCCACUGACGCCAGGCUGAAGGCACCUGGCAGGCUGAGGCCAGAGCUAGGGCAGAAGCGGCGCUUGGUGCUGCCCAGCGUGGUCACCUCUCUGCCGGGGGACAAGCAGCUGCUGCUGCCAUCCCAGCCCCAGCCCUGCCCCAAGGGCAGCCCCCGGCUGCCAGCUGCCCGCGUGGGGGGGUCCUCCCACCGCCGCCUGCUGCAGUCCUCCUGGGGCAGCUGCAGAAAGACUCUGCAGAGGCCUGUUUGGCAGCCAGGGCAGGAGCUGCAGCCCUGUGUGCGAGGCCUGGGCACCUUGGCAGCAGCUUACAGGCAGCUCCCCUGCCCUGCAGAGUCCCCUGGGCCAGAGGCCCAGCAGGGAUAUGCCCAGGCCAUCCCAUGGGGCAGGGUGCCAGCUGCUCCUGCCCAAGACGGCAGCAGGGACAGGCACCCAUGGGUCCUCUCGACCCCUAAGCUGGGGCCCUCCCAGCCGUGCCCUGUUAGGAGAAGGAAGAAGAGGGACAGGCCACACAGGUGA